CAGCGCGCGUCUCCGCGCGCGCAACCAGUUGGUCGCCGACGAGCGCCAAGUGCGCAGCCCGCGACGAUUUCCCUCGCGGUCGCGGUGCGAAUCGCGUUCCCUGCCACCUAGCGACGGGUUCUCGAUUCGCGAUUUUCGGCAAGAUCAUCGCGCGAUCCUCACGACCGGCUCGACAAAUUCAUCCCGCCGCGCCGAUCCGCGGACACUCGGCGGCUGCUGGAACGCGCGGGUGUUUCAGGAAGGAAAAAUGUCGGCUGGCCUUGAGAAGCGAUAGAUCACGGAGUGCACCGGUGAAGGCCUUCCGGUCGUGAACGAACAUCCCUGCCUUGUGAACAGAAGAAGAGAAUGGAACACAUGGAUUCGAGUUGUUGCUAGCGAUGGAUGGCGAGUGACAGAGAGGUGUUUUCCGAACGUUACGAAAUCUCCGUCGGAAUUGUGAUUAAACGAGUUAGAGUAUGCCGAAUAUAUAUUGUUCAUUCUGCUCUGUCGGGGACAGAAUCCUUCGUUCAGUUCUGCAGCGUAUAAUUAAAUACAUGUGUACGUUCGGCGGCGGCUCAAAGAGAGUUAGAAUUUCAAGAGUUGCUCCGUGAGAAGAAACGCAGCUGAAGAAGAAGCGACAGCUCAUUGUCGGUUCGGUCCUCCGCUGAAUGAAUCGCACAUUUAUUCGCCGGAGAAAGUGCUCCCCUGAAAGGGUUCAAGUAAACAUCGCGAAUCAGCCACUUAUUAAUAAUGCCCGAAGACUGUGUGACGUCAACCGAUCGCGACGGCUGACGUCAAAAUUUGAAAUUAAUUAAUGCGCCGCUUCGAACAAUUGGUUUCGCAAAUUGCAUAAUCGAAAGGGAGGUCGGAACUUCUUGUCGUUUAGUUUUCAUGAUUCAGCGCGACGGCACGUGCAGGUGAAAACGGUAAAUACAAAUUCGACACGUCGGUGUGCGCAAUAAAAAAUAAUUGUAGCGGGAAGAGAGAGAUAACGAGCGUAGCAGGUAUAUACAGUUGAAAAAUGUAUGCCGCACGGUGUGUCGAUAUGUUAUAACAGUCAUCAACUUUUAAGCGUGCUUUGUGUGACAUUAAAAAAAAUAUUGGAUAGGAUACACGUGCAAGGACACGCGCACAAUAUACCACGAGAAACUCUGCUAUAAAUAUAUAUAUAUAUAUAUAUUUCAACAGAGAUCAUUCGCAUAAAUAAAAUUUGGGGACUCACAAAGUUCAAAUGAUACAGCGAAACCCAAUUGAAGCGUAUUAUGGUGCACAAAGGUGCACUUAGGAACGCGAAAGCGGAAAUUUGUUCAUUGAUCAUUCACGCGCUUCCGCGAGACGCUAAAUAUUCACGCGGCUAUUUACUUCGGCGUGUAACACGAUGAAUGUCCAAGUGAUGAUGGUGAAUCCUACAAUCAGCUUAUCUCGUACACGAAUAACACGAAUCGACGAAAAAACGCGCGCAAAAGUUUUUCUCUUGCUUUGGAGGAGAAAAGGGAAGAUGAUGAUCUUGUUCGAUAGGAGCAAACUUUGGGAAGUAUGAGUAACAACGUGCUAGCGAGCGCGUCGUUCUCGAGAAGAAACUGGCACGGUGUUGCUGAAUGGAUAAAACAUGACGGUCUCUUAUCAGUACGAGGUCGCCAGUUCCACCAGCGGUGGAUUCACCAGGCUGCUGUUUAUGUGGCGCGGUUCCCUCUACAAGCUCAUCUACAGGGAACUGCUGCUCUACCUGAUCCUCUUCGGCACCAUGUCCGCGCUUUACCGCCAUGCUUUCACCGUUGCUCAAAAAAGAGAGUUCGAGAAAGUCGUCGUCUACUGCGACAGUUUGAUUAAACUGAUCCCGCUGAGUUUUGUGCUCGGAUUUUACGUGUCCUACGUCGCGCAAAGGUGGUGGAAGCAAUACAAGGCUAUACCGUGGCCCGACAAGGUGAUGCAUCUCGUGGCGCUCUACAUCACCGGAAACGACGAGUACAGCCGGAUGCUGCGGAGGUCCUUGAUGCGUUAUCUCAACCUUUCCUUGAUACUCGUUCUGCGUUCCAUCAGUUCGGCAGUGAAGAGACGGUUCCCUACCCUCGAUCAUGUCGUUGAUUCCGGCUUCAUGACUACGCUGGAGCUCGAAUUGUUCCAGUCGGUGCCGAGUGUCGAGUUUAACACUUAUUGGAUACCGUGCACGUGGUUCGUUAAUCUCCUCAAAGAGGCGCGUACGAACCAGAGGCUGCCCGACGCGCAAGGCUUGAAGAUCAUUAUGGAGGAAUUCAACGAGUUUCGGACAAAGUGCGGCCUCUUGUGGAGCUACGACUGGGUGUCCAUCCCUCUGGUGUACACCCAGGUGGUGACGCUCGCUACGUACAGCUUCUUCGCGGUCGCCCUGGUCGGCCGGCAAUACAUCGACGGCGUCGAGAAGCAAUUCCAGUUGAAGAUAGACAAGUACCUGCCCAUCUUCACAAUUUUGCAGUUCUUCUUUUUCAUGGGGCUACUGAAGGUAGCCGAGCAGCUGAUAAACCCCUUCGGCGACGACGACGAGGACUUUGAGCUCAACUGGCUGAUCGAUCGUCACGUCAAGGUCUCAUACCUCGGAGUCGACACGCUGAUGAACCGUUGCCCGCCGCUCGUUAAAGACAUCUAUUAUGACUCUGAGAACCUGAAUCUACCCUAUACGGAAGCCGCAGCGGCUUACAAGAAGAAGACAUAUCGCGGCAGCGUGGCGAAUAUGACGGUGCCCGAGGAGAAACAAAUGAUGUUCUUACCUGGAAUUCUGGAGGAGGAAGAGGAGGACGCAGGCAAGGGAACCACGACGCCUCGCACCUCCACUGCAAGUUUAUCAAACCCGAAUGAGAGUCCAGUGCACGAAAGGCGCCAGAUCAGCGGGUCCCCUCCAACGCCUGGGAAGAUGGCUCGCAAUUGUUCUGAAACGGUUGUGCAGCUGGAUGGUCAGGAGCAGCCGAUUGAAGCCGAACAGCGACGCGUUCUAACCGAGACCGUCAAGCGAUUUUCCUCGCUGGCGAAGGGCUCGACGCCGCGCCCCGAGCUCAGGAAGCCCUUCUUCCCUGCGCUCGCGAAGUCGUCCAAACCGGUAAUGCGACCUUGGCCGAGCACGGUGAACAUUUCACAUCCUGUCCAACAGUCGGUCUUCACACCGACCGUCGGCGAGAGCGAGAAUCCUUGGGCCAAAGACUCGAACCUGUCCUGUCCGGCGGAAGAUUCCGAAGGACAACAGCCCGGCGUGUCGUCGCAGGGCGAGCCUGACCAAGAGGAGGGUGUCGUCAACACGGCUUUCUCAAGAGAUAGGCUGAAGGGCUCGCCGGAUAAUUGCGAUCGCGACGACACGGCGGAGAGGAACUCCUCGGAGCCUGGUCCCACGUAUCAGUGCACAGUGGGCUGGAAACCCACGGCCUCUGCGAAAAUUCGGAGACUCAGUAACUGAUCCUUGGGCAGAGGCAGAGUUUGCACUUGAAGGACGUCGGGUGACUUCACCAGGUCGGGAAACGACUGACACGUGUUGUAUACGCGUGGAAAUCCCGCAGAAAGAAUCACCGACAGUCUUUUCGUCAUCACGGGACACAAGCUCGAGCUGGACCUCAUCAAUUUGAGUAAAAGAUUCCUUGAAGGAGUAGGCGAAGGAUGCAUGAAGCUUCAGAAUCGACUCUCCUCGCACGAAGGAGAGUAAUUCUAAAUUGCAAAUGUAGUACAUGUAUGGAUUUCCGUUUGUAUACUUCAUCGAUAUAUAUUUCGUCGAACAUUACGAAACACUGGUUGAUUUCGACGUAUAGUGAGAAAAAAGACACUUAUGAUGUAUUUCUUGUUUUUGAUGUAAUUUAUAAUUCAGUAUCGUCGCAGUAAGAAAACAAGAGUUCUUAUCAAAUUUUUAUCGCACUUUCUCGUGAGAGAAGACAUUCACCGUGAAAAUUAGUUCAUAUUUUAUUCCCUCCAUGAACGUUUUCCUUUGACACAUUGUCACGAAGUUCGACAAAGUUUUUUGUACAGACGCAAAAUUGCGUUAGAGUGUGAAAUAUUAGUGUCGGAAAAUCAAUAUUGGAAGAUUGUAAAAAUCUAUAUUUUAUUAAAUAAUCCUCGAUUGUUAUAGUUACUUGCAGAAUGAUAUAUCAAACAGCAUAUAACAGAGUCAAUAAAUUUUUGAUGGCGUUCAACGAAAUAUUUUUAUCCAUAUUUUAUUUUUUAACGUAAUUGCGAUUAUAUUAAAGAAUUAACACUCUCGUGACCAAUUAUUUUCCUAAUCGCUCAUAAUCUUGUUUACAAAUGUCCAUGUAAAUAUUGUAAAUAUUAUAGAAUAUACCUCCCUCACACACACACACACACGCACAC